AGGUAAUGUGAUUUGAGAAAAUCACUGCUGCUCUUGGCACUCUGAAUGACACACAGUCAGCCUGUGGGGAUGAGUUUCACAGAGGCAGCGAUGUGUUUUGUGCUGUGCUGAGUGGACUGUCACAGGAUUGUAUCAGCUCAUGUUGAGGAGACCAGAAGACACCAUGUAUAAAAGUGUUCCUGAUCAGUUGGAAGUUUGAGCGGCUGUGACAUGAGUCUGUUGCUCUGGUUCGGUGGAGCCAGACCGUUUCUGCUGCUUUUGAUCCUGCUGUGCUGUGGGACCCUGCCGAUCUGGACCAAUACCAGCAGACACCAAGGGUCCCGCAGACCUGUGCACAACCACACCGAUGACAUCAUACUGGCUGUCAUACUCCCUCAGCACAAUACGUCCUACCCCUGGGCAUGGCCUCGUGUGGGACCCGCACUGGACCGGGCCGUUGCUCGCAUCAAUGCCGACCCCACCCUGCUGCCCCGGCACCAUGUCCGGCACAUCUUUGCCAACAGCGAGAAUGGGGACGGUAUCUGCUCAGAGUCCAUCGCCCCCCUCAUGGCCGUAGACCUGAAGUUCGAACACAACCCGUGGGCUUUCAUAGGGCCCGGCUGCGACUAUACCUCCUCACCCGUUGGGCUGUUCACUGCUCAUUGGGGCCUCCCCAUGAUCACGGCAGGGGCCCCUGCCGUAGCUUUCAUGCAGAUGGAGAUGUACACCUCUAUCACCAACACCGGCCCCACACAUAAGAAACUAGGCGAGUACGCCCUCCACCUCUACAAGCAUUUUGGGUGGCACCAACACACCCUGCUGAUGUUUAGUGAUACCAAAAUGGGAGAAAGGGCCUGCUACUUUGCCUUGGAGGGGCUUUACACAGAGAUGCAUGAGGACAACAUCACCACCAUGGACCUGGUGUUCGAGGAGAACAAAGGGCCAGUUAACUAUUCCAACCUCCUGCACAAGAUCCAGGAUGAUGGAAGAGUGGUGUUUGUAUGCUGUUCUCCGGAUAUUUUCCGGCAGUUAAUGGUGCACUUCCACAGGGCAGGUCUCCCUAAGGAGGAAUAUGUCUUCUUCUACAUUGACAUCUUUGGACGCAGUUUGGAGUCCAGACCUUCUCAGCCAUGGGCCAGAGGAGACACAGAUGAUGUCUUUGCAAAGGAGGCCUUCCAGAGUGUGAAGAUUCUGACCUACCUAGAGCCACAGAAUCAGGAGUACAAGGAGUUUGUCAGUGAUCUAAAAUCGGAUGCCAAAAGGAUGUUCAACUUCACAGUGGAGGAUUCUUUGAUGAACAUCAUCUCAGGUGGUUUCUAUGAUGGUCUGAUGUUGUACUGCAGUGCUCUAAAUGAGAGUCUUACAGAAGGACAUGGUCGGCCUUCAGGAGAGUCUGUCACAAAGAGAAUGUGGAACCGGACUUAUUACGGUGUCACCGGUCUGGUGCAGAUUGAUGAGAAUGGAGACAGAGAGACUGAUUUUGCCCUGUGGGACAUGACUGACACGAACAGUGGCAACUUUCAGAUCGUGGCGGUGUAUAAUGGCACACAGAAGCAGAUGAAGAUUCUUCCUGGGAUGGCUAUCCAGUGGCCAGGUGGCAACAUUCCCUGGGAUGUGCCCCUCUGCGGCUUUAAGAACGACAACCCUGCGUGUCAUGCACGAACCAUCGCAAUGCACCAGAUGAUUUCCAUUGUGCUUUUCCUCAUCCUCGUCAUCAUCUUCACUGUGACUGUGUUUAUAUACAGAAAGCUGAAGCUGGAGAAGGAGUUGGUCGCUCAGUUAUGGAGAAUUGCUUGGGAGGACAUUCAGAUGAGCAAUCUGGAAAAGGCCAUGAGGAGCACCGGGAGCAAACUCACACUUUCUCUAAGAGGUUCAAACUAUGGAUCACUGCUGACAGCUGAUGGUAAUUUCCAGGUGUUUGCUAAGACUGGCUACUUUAAGGGAAAUAUUGUGGCCAUUAAAUACAUCAACAGAAAGCGCAUCGAGUUAACGAGGAAAGUGUUGUUCGAACUGAAGCAUAUGAGAGAUGUGCAGAAUGAGCAUUUGACCCGUUUUAUCGGUGCCUGCAUCGAUCCACCCAACAUCUGCAUUGUCACAGAAUACUGUCCUCGAGGCAGCCUGCAGGACAUUUUGGAGAAUGAAAGCAUCACACUAGACUGGAUGUUCAAAUAUUCACUAGUCAGUGACAUAGUAAAGGGCAUGGCUUUCCUUCACAACAGUGUGAUUGUAUCCCAUGGCAACCUGAAAUCAUCCAACUGUGUGGUUGACAAUCGUUUUGUGCUAAAGAUCACUGACUAUGGGCUGUCCAGCAUUAGGACAGAGUCAGACACGGAGGACGCCCACUCUUAUUAUGCACGUAAGCUGUGGAUGGCCCCAGAGCUGUUGAGAAUGGAGUGCUUUCCUCCAGGAGGCACACAGAAGGGCGACAUCUACAGUUUUGGCAUUAUCCUUCAAGAGGUGGCUCUGCGGAGAGGAGUCUUUUACUUGGAGGGAGACUUGCUUAGCCCCAAAGAGAUUGUGGACCGUGUAGCUCUGGGAGAGUGGCCAUAUCUACGGCCAUCCGUGAACCCUCAGGCCCACAGUGAAGAGCUGGGUCAGCUGAUGCAGCGCUGUUGGGCUGAAGAACCAUCAGACAGACCGGAGUUCAACCAUAUUAGUGUGUUACUCCGCAAACAGAACAGGGAGCACAGAAGUAAUAUCUUGGAUAAUCUCUUGUCUCGCAUGGAGCAGUAUGCUAAUAAUCUGGAAGAGCUGGUGGAGGAGAGGACUCAAGCCUAUCUGGAGGAGAAACGCAAGGCAGAAGCUUUACUGUACCAGAUCCUCCCUCAUUCAGUGGCAGAGCAGCUGAAGAGGGGUGAGACUGUGCAGGCCGAAGCUUUUGACUCUGUCACCAUCUACUUCAGUGAUAUUGUGGGCUUCACAGCUCUGUCAGCAGAGAGCACACCUAUGCAGGUCGUCACCCUCCUCAAUGAUCUCUACACCUGCUUUGAUGCCAUUAUAGAUAAUUUUGACGUUUACAAGGUGGAGACAAUAGGUGAUGCCUACAUGGUGGUUUCAGGAUUGCCGGUACGGAACGGGAAACUGCACGGUCAUGAGAUUGCACGCAUGUCCCUUGCCCUAUUGGAGGCUGUCAGAACAUUUAAGAUUCGCCACCGACCUGAUGAGCAGCUGAAAUUACGAAUCGGCAUUCACAGUGGUCCUGUGUGUGCAGGCGUAGUCGGGCUGAAGAUGCCUCGGUACUGUCUUUUUGGAGAUACAGUGAACACAUCUUCUCGUAUGGAGUCAAAUGGAGAACCUCUGAAGAUUCAUGUGUCGUCAACCACUCGAGAUGUGCUGCAGGAGUUCAACUGCUUCCAGCUGGAGCUGAGAGGAGAUGUGGAGAUGAAGGGAAAAGGGAAGAUGAGGACCUACUGGCUUCUGGGGGAAAUAAAGAAUGACUGAGACAGUGGGGAGCAAAAAAGCUCCAUGGAAUCAACAGAGACACACUGACUCUAGUCAAACGCAUCCACAAGGAAACCAAGCCAAGACUGUUCUGUUGGUCAAAUGCACACGCACAUAAUCUUGUACAGCACUACAUGAUGUCUGACUUGUAUAUAUGUACUUUAAGAUGUUUCUUUUGUAAAAACACCAGCUGCAGCUGUAAAUGGAUUGAAGGUUGAGUGUGAUUGAAUAUCGUCCCCUGGUGGAUAAGUAGCAGCACUGCUGGCUUAAAAUAUAUUAGGCUAAAUAAACAUGAUUACUUCCAGGGUGUGUGUGAGAAAAGACCAGAUGGUCCUCACUGCAGAACACAAGAUCCAAGGGGUGUGGUUGGAUCUAGAUCCAACUCCUCCCACCUUACAUUUACCUAAACCUACCCGUCUCCUGAUCCCUAAACUUACCCAUCCCCACCCCUAAAUUUACCAAUCUCCACCCCGGAUGUGGAUCCAACUCCGCCCCCUGGAUCUUUGUUCUGCAGUGAGGGGCUACUGGAAAAGACAUGUAAAUAUUAAAGAUGAUGACAUAGAUUUUAGCUCACCCAAAAAAUCACUUGGCUUUCAUAAUUCAAAUGUUUUGAAGACAAAUAUUGAUCACUUAUCAUUUACUUUUUUGUCAUUUAUUUCACUUGAGUAAUAUUUAUAGAUUCUUAUAUUAAAAAAACAAACAAACACUUUUUCACCCAGUCAGACUCUUGCACACAUAUUCUGCACAUUCUUCUUCAAGCCAGCUAAAACACAUUAAUCUCUGGCUCAUCUCCUGGAUGUUUCUGCUGAAUGAGAGGAGCGCCAGUUUCGAGAGACAGUUGUUGUUUUCUAGUGUGAAUGAAGCAGGAAUUUUGCCUAGGCUUUUUUGCCCAUUACACUUGUAAAGUCUACAGGUAUGUUACAUGGGAGAUUGACACUUUUUGAUUUGACAUAUGAGAAGUACUUUGCCUUUGUAUUAUUUUACAUGCUUGUAUGUUUCUAUGCGUUUCUGUUCCUGCAGGACAGUUUUACAUGAUUCUACUUGAGUAAGAAAGUAUAAAGGUUCUUUGCAAAGUGUUUAGGAGUGAUAAUAAAACCUCUGGCAACAUAGUCAUAGGAGCCAGCAUACUAUUUGCUGCAUAGGGUCUAUCUCUAAAUUACCCACAUUAGGUCAUGACUAUAAUGCAACACAUUCAUGCAGACCCUGACAUUAGUUUCUGACUAUAAUCAAGAUUUGAAUCCACUUAUAGUCAUCUUUAAUUUCUUAUCCAUUCUCUUGAGAGCCUUCACAAGUACCUGCUUGACACUUAAAUUACUCUCAACCACCUUGAGUUUCUCACUGAUGUCAGAUUGUCAUUCCCCUGAGCACUUAAAGGCGACAGAUUCGAGAGUGCAGGUUAAGUAUUACUCUGUGAGAGACUAUUAAAAUCUGCUCCUCUGUGUUUGAUCUUUGCAUUAGGGAGACACAGCAUAAAUAUUGUUGUGUCAUAUCAUUUGAAACCCCAUAUAAUACUCAUCGCAUCCAUUAUGGUGUUAAAAGCACUGGUGACAUUUAAACGUCAUUGUUGAGGCACACUUAUGAAAGAAAAGGCUUAUUUCAAUUUCUGCUCGAGGUUUUUUCUGAUUACCAAUGUCGUAUUAUAUUCAGCAUUCCAUAGUUAGUCCAGAGACACACAUACACAUAUAUAUACACAUAUAUAUAUAUAUGUUUGUGUGUGUGUAUAUAUAUAUAUAUAUAUAUAUAUAUAUAUAUAUAUAUAUGAAUUGAGCAUUAAUUUGAAAAUGAUAAGAGGGAAAUACCUUGGCUUUAUUUUUAAUAAAUCAUUUCUCACCAUUUCUCGCUCAAACAAUAUUUGUUCCUUACAU